CGAUAAAUCAACUCAAAUCCGCCCUGCCUUAGAUGCAGCUGCCUGCGCUGUCAACGAAACGCAUUAUCCGGCUCUUCCAGAAGCUUAAUCCUCUGCCUACAAAACUGUCGCCGAUGGCGCCAUUGAUGCUCACAAGUCACUGCACCUGCACACAAGUCGCAAGCAGUGCACGCACGAAGCCUUGGACCAACGAUGUCGUCGUCAGCGGACCUCCCGUGGCCUGCGCGCGGCGGCGGUGUCUUUGACUUCGGGCAGGGCAGCGCGCUGGUGCUCGCGUCGUACCCGGUGCUCCUGCUCCUCGUCCUCCUCUCCGCGUUCGUCAGGUACGUGUGGAUCGCGCUCGCGCUCUACUGCGCGAUCCUGUUCCUGCUCUCCUGCACCGGCCGCUUGCUCGCUGGGCCGCUGGUGGUCGUGCACGACGAGGCCAGGGCGGCCGUCGAGCGGGGCGGCCUAUCGCAGGCGUCCAUUGCGGCUAUCCCGGCGUUCGUGUACGGUGCCGCUGCCGGCGAUGGAGAGGCCCAGUGCGCGGUGUGCCUGGAGGCUCUGUCCGGCGGGGAGAAGGCCCGGCGGCUGCCGGUGUGCGCGCACACGUUCCACGUCGGGUGCAUCGACAUGUGGUUCCACUCGCAUGCGACGUGCCCGGUCUGCCGCUGCCAUGUCGAGCCGCCCAAGGCCGGCAAGAUGACGCCGUUGCCGCCAGAGCCGCCUCUGCCGCCGGUGUAGUUGUUGCUGGCUGUGCCAGGACAUAAGAUUGUACAGAUUUAGAUUUGAGGUCCUCGGUGCCUCAGUAUUGUCGCAUUGCACUCCGCUGACGAUCGAAUGCCCUAUCUGGUCAAAUGUGUACUGCCUCCGUCUGGUUUAUUUGUCACUUCGUAUUUUGUGUUAAAUAUUGAUCAUAGACUUAACUAAUAAAAUGUU